CUUUAAUUUAAACGGACAUGGAAACUCAGCUCAUCUCUGACAAAAACAAAGGAAACAAAUCUCUCCGUUGAGCUCAGUUUUAAAGCUCUGAGGUAAGAUGAAAGAGAAGGGACAUUACGUGCCUCCUUCUUACACUCCGUUAAUUAAGUCAGAGGAUGCUGAUGCAGAAGUAUCCACCACACCGAAUCUAGAAGGUGCUGAUUCUGGAGGCACAAAGGGUGAUCCCAUACAGUGGUCGUCUGGUAUAUGCGCUUGCUUUGACGACACACAGAGCUGUUUUAUAGGUUUGUUCUGUCCAUGUUAUGUCUUUGCCAAAAACGCAGAGUUCUUGGGGUCUGGAACAUUUGCAGGACCCUGCUUAACCCAUUGCAUUUCGUGGUCGUUAGUCAACACCAUCUACUGCUUUGCAACCAGUGGCUUAUUACUAAGUCUACCUGGAUGCUUUGUGUCAUGUUAUACUUACGGUUACCGCAGAUCGCUAAGAGCCAAGUACAAUCUAGAGGAGGCUCCUUGUGGUGACUUUGCAACACACUUCUUCUGUCACUUGUGCGCCAUUUGCCAAGAGUACAGAGAGAUCCGAGAACGUGGCUCGAGUUCUCCCGACACGAAGAUGGCUAUUACCGAUGCCCCUUUGCCUCAAACCAUGGAAUCAGCUAACUGAUCACUUUAGUCUCGUUAGAUGGAGA